AUUAAGCAUUAAGAGCGUCAAGGGAAUUAUUUAUAAGAUGAUCACCUGAUAUAGGAAUUCUGUUAAUAUGGGUUGCCAUGGUAAUCAUAAGAGGCACAUUAAAUACAAAACUGACCGAUUGGCGUGGUUAGGUAUAUAAAUUUAUUGGCCAUAAAACGACCGCAAAAUUAAUGGCGCGUUUCGGCUAGUCUCUCCAGAAGUUCCCGCGGGUUCGCGAUUCUUUUCUAAAUUCCCGUGUGCAACGAACAUCGAGCAAGACAAAACGGAAAAUGGCUCUGAAAAGGAAAAUUGUGAAAUCGAAAGAGGAACAGCUCUAUAUGCUCGAAGUGUUCGCCGAUCAAGUGACUUUAAGUCCCGAAAUUAUAGACAUUAAUAAGGAUAAUUUACUCGUAUGCGUGAGAUUCGUCGAUCUGCCAGAGUAUGAGAUAAGUGUCCCUCAAAGUAAAGAAAAUGAUAAUAAUAAAUCACCUGGAGAUUCUAAAUUUGGAAAAUCGUGUUUGUUCGCCAAGACUCCUAAUUCCCUGAUUAGAGCUCUAAGAUGGUCACCUAUGUAUUUAGACCUGUAUCGUAAAGACGUUGCUUGCUCAAACAAAAAUGGUGCUUUUUUGGGAACCGCAAAAGUGUCUUUGCCUACUUGUAUGUGUAAGCAUGUGAUUGCUUCACAAAAUGACACUAACGGUUUAUCUACGCCAUGUACAGUAAAAAAUUCGUUCGAUGUAACCGAUUCUAGUGGGAAAACGUCUGGUAACAUAGCCGUAGUUUUAAGAUUAUCGUGUUUUGGAAGCAGUAUCAUCGAGCAAUUUUCUCUGAGCGGCAAAUCUUUUAUGCUGGAGGACUCACCACUUCAAAAAUUUCUAUGUCCUUAUAUUCUUCCAGAAAGUUCAAAGGUUGAAAAAGAUCCGAAAGAUGGAAGUGGUUUGGAUAAAUCAUUACUGAAGCGACCAGACUCUUCUCCACGUAUUCCAAUGGAUCAUCCCGCUUUUAAGACUCUAACAAUGGCCGAAAAGCUCAACGAUCCCAAAUAUCGAGAACUGAUAUACAAAGCCUAUCCAGAUGAGCCGACGUGUAGCUGCUUGCCCAAGGAUCGUUCGAUACAUCCUAUGAUAUGUCCAUCAGGCUGUACUUAUCCUUGCUGCAUGAAAUUAAGAAAUCCCGAUAUACUACUCAAGGACGAGAACAAACGCGUGGAGGAUCCAUUAGCCAAUACUUACUGCGUUGACAAUACCCUGCCUGCGUUGUACGUUCUGAAACAGGAUUCUUCGUCUAGUAAACCAACUAGAUUGAAAGGCGGCGGAGAAGUAGAGCAGAUUUAUCUGGAUCCGUCUAGUUUCAGAUGGAUCAAUUACGAUACUGAUCAUCCCUGGUACAAUGAAAAGCAUAAUAUGGAAAGUCGACUAGAAGGUGGCGGCGAGGAUAGAGAUAUGUCCAGCUGCAGCUGUUCCGGUGGCCCGGUUAUGGUUUCGGCACAAGCAACUUCUCGAGAUAACGACGUAAUUCCCAUCUUCGAUGCUUGCACGCCUCGUAUAACGUCGACUGGGACAACUCCUGGUUGCAUUUGUCCUGGAAAGGAUGUCAAAUUUCCUAGAGGAGCUGCUAAAUGUAUGAAAUCACCGUGUUUGGGGAUAGAUUGCUUGAUUCGAGCUUUCAAAGAUGCACAAGACUUUGUAGAUUCCAUUGGGAAAGUACCAGGAUUGCCAGGACUCGGUUUAAUGGAUCCAUCAGAGAGUCCUUAUUUUGGUAGAGAUAUCAACAAAGACUACGUGCCUCCAGAUCGACUAGCAUCGAAGAGGAAGAUACCACAUGGGACUUCGCAACCAGCAGUAGCGACAACGACUCCUACUUGCACCGCUCCCUGUAGCAUCAAACCUAUGGACGAUAUGCGUCCUCAAGUUGCUGCUUACUCGCCUUCGAUUGCACGAGGAAUCGUGCCGCCUCGGUUGGGAAUCGUCCGCGAGGCUAUACCUGUUUUACCAGAGGCCGGUUUACCAACCGCGCCUGUAAAACAUAGGAAGAAGGAGGAGAAGAAGGACGAGAAAACGGACAAACAGAAGGAGCUCGAAGCCACGUCGUCCGCGCUGAUGGACUCGGAGGUGGGUCCUUGCGGUGAACCGAGAUGCAAAUCGAGGAAAAAGAAGCCACCAGAUAAUGGUAGCGCGACCCAGAGUAGCACUCAUGUCUUUUCUAAGACGCGGACCGGUGUAAAGCGUGCCGCCGCUACCGCGCCAAAAGCCCGUCGUAAAACGAAGAAAGGAUCCAAACGGGACUUGAAGCGCCGUAGUCCGCACUCGAAGCAGGACGCAGUACACGAAGCAGUACACGAUCAGCACCAUGAUGCUAAGACGGUGAUUCGACGAAGUGCAAGGGAAAGAUCUCUAGGACCUGGUGGUGAUCGCUAUGUAGCUGGAUCAGGUAUUAUGACCUCGCAACCGGCAUUUCCAGUCAGCAGACGAGUAAUGCGAUACGUCUACUUCGUUGGUGAUUAUUAUCCUGGGAUUCACUUCGGUCACAGAGACUGUAUCGACAUACCCAUGAGAGUCCCGGCUAACAUGGGUUGGUUAUGGAACACGAUGGACAAGGCGGGAAAAUUGAAGCCGCGCAUUGGUUGGAGGCCGGGUGCCAUUGGCCGCUAUUUGUACGAAAUGCUGCAAGAUGCGAAGGAUGUCUCUAUGGAUGAAAUAGAAGAAGAAAAAGCAGGAAUAGAAAGAACUGAUCGUGCUCGAGCCGAUCGAGGAAAAGUCGAUCGUGGAAGAGCCGAUCGUGGCAGAACCGAUCGUGGAAGACUCGAUCGCGUAAAAAUCGAUCGUGGAAAAACUGAUCGCACCAGAAUAAUAGAACGCGCGAGAUCAGCACCUUCGCGGCCAAAGAGUGGCACAAGAAGACAGAGAGCCGGAAGAACUAUGAGUUACCAGUCGAUGCAGAAGCAAUCGAAGAUGGAGGGAGAAGAUGAAGGAUCGGGAUCUCCACCGACUUUACAUAUUCACAGGAAAGAUGGCACUUACUAUGUAACGAUGUAUCCCAUUAGGCAAGAGACAUCUGCCGAGCCUUGUUUGUCCGAGCCAAUGAAACCGCUGCAGUUUAAAAUCGUGAAGAACAAGGACGAUGCUUCUAUCACGUCUAGCUCGACGGCGUCUGAUAUGGAAAUUGAAUUCUCUCCUCCCGCAGCUGUAACCAGGUAUCGUAAAAAGCCUGAUGUUGUUCACGUCGAUACCCAGGUUCGUCAGCAGGAAAUUAUAGACGCGUACAAAGCGGAAGAGUUUAGGAGAAAGGCUAGAAGAGGACCCAGGAGGGAAAAGAAGUUGAAAAAAGAGUCAUAAAAGAGUUAAAAAGAAUUCGUCUAAAACCGAACAUUGAAUAGUGAAAUUUGAAACGUACGAUAUGAUUACAGCAUAGAAUAGAUAGAAACUUUUUGAACAAUGGU